GCGGCAGGCUGUCUGGCGUGGGGGCUGUGGGAUUCAUCUAUAUAGGCGCUGAUGAUUUUGAAUGGAUGAUUCAAUAUGCAAGCGACAUAUGAUAGCUUCAGAAGUCAGGAAUUUCCUCGAAUUUUCUCACACCGGCUGUGUUUCCACGAAUAACAGAACCAAUUGAUACCCUACGCAUCACACCACCACUUCAUCCAUCACCUGAAGAAUGAUUCUAUUCAAUUGGACGGAGGUUUUCAGGGUGUGCAGGCCGUCGCGGCUAUGGAUUGGGGGCUGAAAUUUUUAUGUAGCAGGGUUAUUCGACCAAGCCUCGAACUCUGUCGUGUAAUCUCACAACAUACCUACUUUCAUAACAGAACCCCAAGGCUUGAGUACGACUUAGCACCAUAAAACCUAUACGCUGGAAAUUUAAACAAUGGGUACUAUUAAUUACCCUACCUAGUUAUUUAUAUCCAUCAUGUCACACAAAUCCACCGGGUAUUUCUACUACGAGUAUAUCUACGAGACAGAAUGGGAGGGUACCGGGGAAGCUGUGAACGAUCAAGGGAAAGACGAAAGCAAACGACCGCCAUUUCGCACUGCGUACUAUUCCGAGAGUCGUCAGAGCCAUGAAGCCCAAACCAACUGGUACAAGACUAGAGUCAGACCUGCAAUAGAAGCAGAUUGCAAGAAGAUUGUCAACAAGUAUAAUUGAACGGACUUAGCGCAAUAUCCCAAGGAAAGCGAAGACCGUCAACCCAACCGAUUUAAACGGGUUAUGAAACCGUUCGACUGGAGUUGUGUGAAGGAAAGGCAGUUCAAGUGGACCCAAUCUCUUCCAACAACGUUAGAGGGCAGACAAAAGGGACAGCCUUAUGGCAGAGAGAUCUGAUAGAUAAGGGUCGGUCAUUUACCAGUGUUAGAGGUCUGGUCUGUUAGAGGAUCAGCGACGACUGCUGGCCUAGCGGGAUCGGGGUCGGUCUGUAAGGGCCCGUAGGAAGUCGCAAUGAAUGCAAUCAAUCUAAUAAUCGUGUCUUCGACAUAUCAUUGCGGAAUGAGUGGGUCCUAAGUUAGUUCCAGCACUCCGGUGCGGGUCCGGGAUAUAGUGGAGCGCGCCGGUUCCAUUAGGUCAAACGCAGGAAGGAACGAUCGCUUAAGACGGAGAAACAUGUGAUGAGAUUUUACAACAACUAUUGUAAAGCAUACUAGUGCUGGCUACACUGAAGUUCGCCUGGCACCCCCUAGGGGGUGCUGCGCUUUAAUUAGCAAAAAGACCAGGUAUUAGCAAAAUACUUUCCAUUACGAGAGAUUCUCUCUUAA